UUUUAGUGAAAUUGUUACCUUUUCUGCGUAAACAUUAUUUUCACACUAUUCCAAAAAUUCAAUUUUUUCUGGUUUACAAACUGGCUAUAAAGUUUGAACAAAUAUAUAUGAAGAGUAUAUUUCAAUUAUUUUUGAUCUUGCAAUAUAUUCUCAAAACGAUUUUUUAAAUAAUCUUUAACAACGUUUUUUAUAUUAAUAUUUUGAAUUUGAAAGUCUUUCUAUUUUCCGAGAAUUGAUAGACUGCCGUUUUGGUGUGAAAAUGAAUUGAUGCAUGUUAUUGCGAGUCAAAAUUAUUCGUUUCUAUUAAAUUAUCAUAUUGUUAAAGACAUAUAUCGUGCUGCUGUAUAUAUCAAGAGACUCGGUAUUAUAAUUUUCGCGGCAAAAACAAUGUAUCGAUAUAUCGAUGCAUUAUUGCCUCUAUAUGCGCUCGAUUUGAUUUUAUAUAUCGAGAGUAUUCGAUAUGCACGUUAUACAUACAUAUAUAUAUAAGAUAAAUAAAAUGCACCCGCUGCCGCUAUGUGCGCCGCUGUCGCGGAUGUACCACCAGACAUAACCUCGAAACUUUACAAUCAUAAUGAUAACAAAGCGACGCGGCAGAUUUUUGUUAUCAAACACACGAAGUAAUUGACUAUUCCCAAUUUUCUAUUAGCGUGCAAUGUUUCGUACAUCGGUAACACGUUUAAACAGUGAUUUCUAAGAGUUGCAUUAAUGAAUAAUGGGUGACAUAAGAGCAGGACUUGACGAACUCAAGCUGGAUGUUGCGUUGUUUGCCGACGUGAAAUACUACGUCAGCGGCGAAGGCGAUCCAAAGAUUCUGGGCUUAUUACAAAAAGGUGGUGCAUCACGAUCCAAUUAUUUCAGUGAUCUUGUUACGCAUCUCAUAGCCGGGUAUGAAGUACUGGAAAGUGAUAUAUCUGUGGCAAAAGAGCUCUACGAGAUACCAGCUGUUACACAAGAUUGGAUUUUGUACUCCGUCAAAUGCAAGAAAUUGCUUCCACCAAAAUAUUUUUCACCGGAAGGAGAGCAAUUGUUUUCGAACGUUAGAGCAUGUAUAUCGCAAGUGAGUAGAGCAGACAGUAAAGCUCUGUGGGCAAUGAUAACAUUUCAAGGUGGAAAGUGUCAAUUGCGGCUGGAUCGUUACUGCACUCAUUUGAUAACAGGGAAAGCAAGUGGCGUUAAAUAUGACACAGUGAUGAGAUUUGAUGUGCAUCACAUGCAAAUAGUGACGCCGGAUUGGGUAUCAGAAUGUUGUAAAAAGGGUACGCUAAUCGGUGAGGCGGAGUAUCAUCCGCGACUUUUGAUAUAUCCAUCACCAAAUAGUUCGACGGCAUUGAUAACGGGUUUUAUGGACGAAGAUGGUGAGAACAUUCGGAGCCAAGAGGAGCAAGAUAGAACGAAAGCAAUGUUGGAACAAUUAAAACAACGUAUGCCUUGGAAUCAACCGAAUACAUCGGCAUCUUCAAGUGCAUCAUCACAUCAGAGUACAAAUGCGAAUACGAACGCUAACACAGUCCCUCAAGCACCGGUACUCUCGAGUACCGUUAAUGUGCAACAACAACAACAACAACUGCAACAGUCUCAACAAAAUUAUUCACGGCCGAUAGCACAGGAUAAUUUACCAGGUUAUAUUCCUCCUACGUCCCCUGUUAUAUCGAAUGCAAAUUUACAGAAUCAAAACAACUGGCAAUCCCAAAAUGUGCCGGGAAUCACAGCUGUUUCCCAAAUGAAGCCACAGAUACAGACAACGGAAUUACCGCAAUCACAGCCACAACAACAACAACAACAACCACAAAUUAUCCACCAUCAACAGCAGCAACUGCCUCAGCAACAAUUACCUCAACAGCAGCAAAUCGCUCAGCAACAUCAGCAACAAAGUUUUCCGCAGACACCACAACAACAACAAUUGUCAAAUCCUCAAGUAUCACCACAAUUAAUUACUCCGACGCAGCCUGUAGUCUCGCAGCAACAGCCAUUGAAUCACCAAUCUCUUAUGACCCAACAGCCACAGCAUCAAAUGAAUAUGCAAAUUCCUCAACAUCAAAUAGCAGCGCAACAGCAAUUGUUGUCGCCUCAAAAACAACAGCCACAACAACUUGCUCAACAUCAAAUUUUGUCGCAACAAGUUCAACAACAGAUGCCUCAGCAGCAGCAACAACAGCAACAAAUCGUUCCGCAACAACAGCAACUCUCCCAACAGCCACAGUUACUGGCACAACAGCAACAGCAAAUAGCCAUGCAGCAACAACAAUUACCACCGCAACAACAACAACAACAACAACAACAACAACAACAACAACAACAACAACAAAUCAUUCAACAGCAACAUCAGUUGACUCAAUCUUCUCAGGUUCCACCUCAGCAGCAGCAGCAGCAGCAACAACAACAACAACAACAACAACUAACACCGGAACAACGUCAACAGCUUCACAUAUUGCAGCAACAGCAGCAACAACAGAAAAUUCAGCAAAUCUCACAACAGUUGCAGCAAUCACUGCCCCAAAGUACCCAACAAUUUGUAAUCCGUGACGGUCAAUUGCAGCAACAAACUACCAAUCAGCAAUUGAUAAAUCCGAAUCAACAGAGCUUCCUCGUACAACGUGAUCCGCAGUGGCAACAACAACAAUAUCAUUUACAGUUGCGGCAGCAACAACAACAAGCCCAACAACAACUUGGCCAGCAAAGACCUGUCGGACAAUGGACCCAACAACCACCCCAACCACCGCGUCAAUUGAUACAACUAGAUGCUCAAACACAUCAACAAUUGCAACAGAUGGAUCCUCAACAACGAGCACAAUUUAUACAGAAAAUUCAGAAACAAAGAAACCUGAUUAUACAACGACAGAUGCAGAAUCGACAGGCCCAACAAGGCGGUUCACACAUUGCUGUCAUCAGAAGUCCCGGCAAACCUGGACAGCCAGGUUUACAGUGGGUUCAACAAUCACGCACUCCCAUGAUGGGACCCCAAGUAACUACCGUACAAGGACAAAAACCCAUGCAUCCCGGUGUUCAACCACCAGCUCUCACACCUAUCAAUUCACCGAAUCAAGUGAUCGUACAAUCCGCUUCAACAGUUCAAGGUCCGCAAACUGCGCCGGCUGGUCAAGCCUUUCAACAAGUUCAAUCUCUCACGGCCCAGCAAAUGGCACAGUUACAUCUACAAAAACAGCAACAAAUGGCUCGUUUACAGCUGCAACAUUUGCAACAACAACAGGCCCAACAAGUCCAACAACAACAGGUUCAACAGCAGCAGCAACAACAGCAGCAGCAGCAGCAGCAACAACAACAACAACAACAACAACCACAACAACAACAACAACAACAGCCACAACAACCUGGAGCGCAAGACCCUCCGUUGACGCCGCUCUCAGUUAAUUCACAAAUACCACCGGAUCAGCAAUUAGUUGUUAACGCAAAAACAAAAACGGCUCUGGCAAAUAUGCUCACGAACAGAUUGCAAGGGGGUGCCACUGAAGGCAGCGCCGCCGGACAAUUACGUUUGAUGACUGCUCAACACCGACCGCCACCACCUCCUUCCCAAGAUCCACAACUUUUGGCCGCUUAUCAGCGAAGAACUCUUGGCAAUAUUACGAAUGGUACUCCUACCGGUGCACCCAUCAAAAUGCAGUAUUCACCUUCCAUGCCGCAACCCAAAGCUCAGUUCUAUGGUCACAAUCCAAAUCUCAAACUGCCACCCGAUCUUUUUUUGCUCGGUUGUAUAUUCGUGAUCGUUGAAUACGAUUUGAAUCUAUCCUACGAUGUGCAAAAAUGGAAACAAGUUAUCGAAAGACACGGUGGCGAGGUUGAACCACAAUAUUGUCCUCGUGCGACCCACGUCCUUGCAAUAACCCAAAAACAUCCCAUCGUCGUACAAGCAUUGCGCGAAGGGAAACGUUGCGUCAGUGCCGAUUGGUUGUCCGACGUCGUUACAAAACAACAAGUUUUGCCGCCGUGGCACGCUCUUCACCUUCCAAUUCCGUUCAGUCUGAAUGAAUUACCGUGUAUGAAACAAAUCAUAUCAUCCUCCGGUUUCGAGGAUGAAGAAAAAGCAAAAGUUACCAAUAUGCUAGAACUUUUGGGAGCAAAGUGUACAAAGUACUUUUCUCGGCACAAUACUCUACUUGUUUGUAGAAGACCCGACGGACCGAAAUACAAAAAAGCAAGAGAAUGGCAAAUUCCCGUUGUGAAUGCCCAGUGGCUUACGGAUUUGAUGUGCGGCCAGAGAGGCGUUCUACAUCAAACUGAUGUACCAAAAUAUCAACAAUUUAGUCUUGCUAACCCGUUUAGACUGGAUUACUCACUUGUGCCUCAUCUCAUGGCUGCUUGGAAAAUGCCAAUAAAUAUAACUCAGGAAUCGUACGAUAAAGUCAAGCAAGUUGGUCAGGGACCAACUGCGAUGAGAAAAUGCAAGAAACCACGAUUGGAGGAACCUCUCAUGAACAAAGAUCCCCAUUUGCUGGGACUCGAUGAACCUAUUGUCAUAAGCAAUCCUGAUCCUCCACUACCGGAAAAUCAACCGAAAAUAUUAUUCUCUGGUAUAAAUCCAAAGAAACACGCGAAGAGGAUUCGCGAGCUUGGCGGUGCUUUGGCAUCAAGUUGGCGUGACGCUACGCAUCUUGUAAUGGCCACGCCACUUCGAACCGUGAAACUGUUGUGCUGUUUAUCAAGGUGCAAAUACAUCAUAAAUAUUCAAUGGCUGUUGGAUUGCUCAGCAAAAAAUACAUUCAUCGAUGAAGCUCCCUAUACCCUCGGUGAUGCGGAGUUCGAAAAAAGUUUCAACUGCAAUAUCGAAAAAGUUCUGGCCAGCCCGAACAGAGGAUCCGUACUUAAGGGUAAAACCUUCUAUGUAACACCGAGUGUCGUACCGUCGCCGUCGGCUUUCGCAGAAAUAGUCGAAAGUGCCGGUGGAACGUUGGAAAAAACUCGAAGGUCCGUGGCUCAGAUACAAGAAAUGAACGGAUCUAAAAUAAAUUAUAUCAUCGUCACUCAUGACAGCGACCUUCACUUAUUGGAAGACGUUUUACGUGCUGAUAUGAGUGUAUUCAAUGCAGAGAUCGUACUUGGAGCAAUAUCCCGACAAAACUUCCAAAUAGACCCGCACCAACUAUGAACAAUAUCGAUUAUUCGUUUCGAGUCUGAGUGUAAAGAUUCAUUAAUUUGUGUGUAAAAAAAUUUUCAUCCCCCUUCUGUCCUCUCAUCGAGCUUUUUUUCCAUACGAAAAUACGCCCGAUGGAAAUUGUGCUCGCUCGUAAAGAAUCAUUGUAAAAUUAAAAUCGAAAAAAUUCGUUGAAAACGAAAAUUUUACUUAUUCCGAUUUCAUUACCGAGCAAACUCGCUUAUCGACAAAAAAAAAUGCUCCAAGCGUCCAGAACGCUGGCCAUUUUUCUGUACUUUUUUUUCCAUAUUUACUCUCUUCAUCAUUGGCAUUGAGUUUUUCAAGAGAGAGAGAGAGAGAGAAAGAGAAGCCUUUCGAAUUAAACGAUUUUUCAUUCAUGCAAUAUUAGUAUCGUUCCUGUGCACAUUUUUUCUGUCUUAGUCUCGCUUUUUUAUUCAUUGUUUUUUUUUCCAUGAAUGUUAUUUAAUUCUGUAAACAUCUUGACAAUGUUUGUGUUUCUCCAAGGAAAUUUAUUAAUUCAUUGACCCGUGAGUAUUCAAAAUAUAUAGAAAAAUUUUGAUAAACCGGUCCGCGUGAUGUCCUUGGCGAGAAACAAAACGAUAAAUUCCCUCCACACUACCCCAUGAAACGGAGAGUCACCUGGGUAGGCACCGCAUUUCCAAAUAUUUCACAAUCGCUGAAUCUUUUCACUCGAGAUUAAUCUUCCUUUUUCCUUGCAUCAUUUUCAAGACGAGUUUAAGGUAGUCCUCUAUUUUGUUUUCUGGUUCCUGAUAACUUUAAGCAGCUUUUUGCCCUAUUUUCUUCGUCGCGAAGUUUCAUAAGACCCAAUCGAUGGGAUUUUGUUGUUGCGAUUCUCUGCAUCUUCGAUGAAAAAACGUUACAGUUACUAAAACAAAAAAAAAAGAAAUCCAAUACCUAUCAUAAUAGCUCGUUUAGAUUUCGGUUAACAUGUCGAUUCCAUACAAAUAGAAUCGUACGAAUAGCCCCUUGAUUUCAUUGUUCGCGAGUAGCACUCUUAAAUAAAAUUUAUAAUUUGACGAACAACAUUUUUCUAAAUUAUAUGCUCGGGUGAGUUUUGAAAAGAAGAAUUCUGCACUGAAUGAAAAUUCCCGUGGAUCAAACGAUCGCGAGGGAGAACGUUGAAUAUAAUUGUCAUGAAUUGCAUGUAAAAACGAUUAAUACAUCUGUUACGUUUGUAUUUCUAUGUAUAUUGUUUAUUUGUUGCGAAAGGUUAAACGCAUUAAACUCGAUGGGACCGAAAACAGAAAAAAAUCAAAUCCACGAAAUCCUACGGGAAAGCGACUCUACCAGAAAUGUUGGUCAAUCAUGAUUCCUUGCGCGGUGAGUGAAAUGACGAGGCUAUAAACAACGUAUUAUGCAUAAAAGCUCAAGGAGAAACGUUGACAAACAACAAAAAUGAACGAUAUAACGAUAAAAAUAUUCUGGUGAGUUAUUUUUGAAAAAAGUAUAUUUUAUUAUCUUAUUCUUCGUCGGCGGGACAAUAAACAGACUAACUUUUGUGGUAGUA